AAUCUGAGUGGCGUUCGUGCUCCCUCCUCUUUGUGUUUGAUUAUUCGUUCCGGUGUGCGCGAAAGCGGGGAAGGAGCGGGGUACGCAUCUGUACCUGUACGGGAUCCCGGCGAGAUUCAACCUUGCAACCUCAUGUCCUUGUGUUCAUGUGCUCGUACGAUACGAAAAUAGAAUUCUGAUACGUCUGUAUAAUAUAGGGGUGAGAGGGUGCCACUGCCAACUGGUCACCUAGCCCAGAAACCCGGCAAGAUGCAGCGCGCGGCGGCGGCCUCGCGCGCCACGGCAUGGAGCACGGCACGGCACGGCGCCGCCCGCGUCACCGCCUCCGCCUCCUUCUCCGGCGGCGGCGGCAUCGUCGCCGGUGCGGCGCUGCCGCUCCGUGUUCGCGGCGGCCAGCUCAUGUCCCUGCCGCUGCUGUCGGGUGGCAGGGCGGUCACGGCGAGGGUGGCGGCGGCGGAGGCGCCGUUGCCGGCGGACGACGCCGACGCGGCGGCUGGGCGGGAGAGAGGCGCACUCGCGGAGACGGCGCAGCUGGGCGCCAUGAUCGUGGCGUGGUACCUCCUCAACAUCUACUUCAACAUCUACAACAAGCAGGUGCUGCAGCCAUUGCCGUUCCCCUACACCAUCACCGCCUUCCAGCUCGCGUUCGGCUCCUUCGUCAUCUUCCUCAUGUGGGCGCUCAAGCUUCAUCCCGCGCCCAGAAUCUCCAUUUCACAGCUGGCCAAGAUCGCGCCGCUCGCCGCCGGGCACAUGCUGGGCACGGUGUUCACCAACAUGAGCCUGAGCAAGGUCGCCGUCUCCUUCACCCACACCAUCAAGGCGUCCGAGCCCUUCUUCACCGUCCUCCUCUCCGCCUUCUUCCUCGGCGAGACGCCUUCGCUGCUGGUGCUGGGCUCCCUCGUGCCGAUCGUCGGCGGCGUCGCCUUGGCAUCGUUGACUGAACUCUCUUUCAACUGGAUUGGGUUCUGGAGUGCGAUGGCAUCGAAUCUUCUAUACCAAUCAAGAAAUGUGCUCAGCAAGAAGCUUCUUGGCGGCGAAGAGGAAGCGUUGGAUGACAUAAACCUCUUCUCAAUACUCACUAUACUGUCAUUUCUGCUGUCUUUGCCUCUGAUGCUGUUCUCAGAAGGGGUCAAGUUCAGCCCAGGAUACCUCCGGAGCACUGGCCUUAACCUCCAAGAGCUGUGUGUAAGAGCAGCACUAGCUGGCUUUUGCUUCCAUGGCUACCAGAAGCUCUCCUACUUGAUCCUGGCCAGAGUGUCACCUGUCACCCACUCUGUCGCCAACUGCGUCAAGCGUGUGGUCGUCAUCGUGGCGUCUGUUCUCUUCUUCAGAACCCCAAUUUCACCUGUCAAUGCACUAGGAACUGGUGUUGCAUUGGGAGGAGUUUUCCUGUAUUCCAGGUUGAAGAGAACAAAACCAAAGAAUGCCUGAGAAGAGAGGACACGCUUAAUUACAGUUCUCGCAGUUUUUGUUUUGAUUUGGGAUACAUAGAUUAGGCUUGUACAUCGACGAAGAAAAUGAGUUGGGUUCGGUUUUAGCACCGAUUGUACUACACGACCUACAGUCUCAUUUUUCACAAAAUUGUAAGAACAUUGCUGAAUAUUCUCAGAUCUCGAGAGAAAUUCAUUAGUGUCCAGGCGCAAAAUCAAUAAAGCUAUCACUUGAGUGUA